AUGUCGUCCGCUUCCAUCGGUCAUUCUGGCGGAUUCCACAUGCGUGUCACCAACCAGUCGGUCGUUAUAAACGGCGAAGUGCCGGCGUAUAACCAUCCGAAUGAGGACGGCUAUGGUUCGAAAGUCUCUGUGAAAAGAUACGCCCACGGCUUGGUCAUUCGGGCUAGCACACAACACGAUGGUGUCAGUCGUCUUAUGCAACGCUUUUAUACGCUGGGAGGCGACUGUAACUUGAAUAAGACUCGCGUGGAGUUCGAUAAGACUUCUGGGAAGCUGACAAUAACCGUACCAAGAGAGGGCGCCAAAGUAGACGAUCGUGUGGUAUCGAGUCGCCAUCAGAAGGCCAUUGAAACAGCUGCUGCGCAUGCUCAUGAAAAGAACAGAAUUCGAGUGGUUUUCGAUGAUCACGGGGGCAGUGCCCAUGUUUUUGUACCGAAGACUUCAGGAGGCAUAUUGACGUUACUGGGGGACAAGCUCACUUUGGAAGAUGGUGAAGUGGUGCAUCUACCAGUGGUGAUGGAUGAAGCGGCGAAGGAGCGGUAUGACAGCAAUGAUAUGUUGCACUAUGUCUUGAAGACGAAGGACGAGCCACAGGAAUUAUUGCCUUUCAGUGAAGAAUUGUAA